UGAUGGACACUGAAAAUUAUUUUCAUAAUGAGCAUUAAUAAGGGAAACGAUUCUCUAAAUCACCCCAAAAUAUCUCCUUUCUUGUCUCAGCUCCUUCCUUACACUGCAACUUCUACAUUUCUUGAAGGAAAGCUAUUUCUGCAAACUCUCCAUUGCUUGAGGGGAUUGUGACGGCUGCUGCAAUUACUAGUAAAUAUAAUCUGCAAUUAAGUACGGAUUUAUCCUUCAUACUAUCUUCAAGAGAAUUCUACUUUUCAGCAUCCCAAAGUAGGGUUUUUGUGAUUAUCAAAGAUGAGGUUUGCAAAGCAGAAACGUCACAGGAAAACUAUAAAGCGUUUCUGUGCUUGUUUUGGUUUUAGGGAACCUUUUAAAGUACUUUGUGAUGGUACAUUUGUUCAUCAUCUUGUUGCUAAUCAUCUCGCCGAUACUACUGUCUCUAAUACCCUUGGUGCUCCUGUUCAACUCUUCACUACCAGAUGUGUUAUUGAAGAGUUAAAGUCUUUGGGAAGCUCACAUGCCAAGUCGUUUCGUGCUUCUUGCAGAGAUUACAAGCUUGCUAGAUGUGAUCAUGAAGAGAAGGAAAGUGCUUUGAAUUGCAUAAUCAAGAUUAUAGGAGAUAAUAACCCUGACCACUUUUUUGUUGCUACUCAAGACAUUGAUUUGCGGGAGAAAUGUCGUAAGAUACCUGGAGUCCCAGUGCUUUAUGGCUUGCGCAAUGCUCUGUUUCUUGAGAAACUAUCAAAGUUCCAGGAUGAAUAUCUAAAGGCCGCUGAAGAUGAAAGGUCACGAAUGACUGAUUCAGAAUUCAAGUUGUUACACAAGAGAUUGAAAAAUACCCAUGGAUUAAAGGACUUGUCUACAGCUAAAAAUGGAUCAGAUGAUGAAGAUUUACUGUUGCAGAGUCCUGUAAACCGACCGCUUAGGAAGAUGGAUACAAAGGACACAGUUCAAUUUAAAAGGAAAAAAGCAAAGGGCCCGAACCCCUUGUCUUGUAAGAAGAAGAAAAGUACUAGCAACUCGGGUCCUAAUGUGAGGAAGACUGAUGAGACCGGUAAUGAUGCGAAAAGAAGCAGGUCUCGAAAGAGAAAGAGAACUCAUACGGCCAAAACAUCUAAUGAUGGAGCUACUAAUUAACCACCCAAUCACAAAUUGAACCUAUGGUUUUAUUGCUUCAUAUAGGUCAUAUGGUUCUGCCUUUUUGUUGUAAUGAAGAUUACUUUUUGUUCUUUCCAAUUUUGGGGAUUGAAUAGUGUAGUUGCGGAAGAUGUCAUUUUUGUUGGCACUUGACAAGGCAAACUUUUUUGGUAGCAUGUUGAGAAACUAUUGCUUAAAGCAUUCCAUUUUUCUAGAA